AUGAUUCAAAAUAGUACAAUAACUGUUGUUGAAACAACAGCAACAACAAUAUCAACAGCAGUAGCCACAGCCGGUUAUGAUAACACUGGCGCUAUGAUAUAUAUUAUCAUUGUGCUUCUAUGGUAUUCCAUUGGUAUUAUAUUUAUGUUAGGAAUGCAAAUGAAAGCACGAUCGGAAAUUAUCGAAGAAGCAGCAAGACGUCGAACGAAAAAACUCAUUCGAAAUUUAAGAGAUCAUACAAACACAAAGGAAAUAUUAGAAGAAUUAGCCGAUAAACAAAAACGAGCUCGCCUAUGGGAAAUUUAUUUGGGCACAAAGGAUGAAAGAAAAAGUAAAUUAACUGAUGCUGAAACAGUUCGCAUUCGUCAUAUUGAAAAGCAACUAGCAACUCUAAAACGUAAUCGACGACUAACAAACGAAGCAUUAUUUGCAUCAGACACUGAAAAAGACUAUUUUCUUAGCCGCACAGCCGCUCGGCAAAUGACUGCAAAGCUGUCGACUAUUGAAGAACCUUCGUUACCUCGACGUCGUUCAUCUUUUGAUCCGCAAACACUGGAACGCUGGAAAGCUCUUGAGAAUCAAUCGAAAUCUCACGAGCAAAUGCCAUGGAAUACACGUAAACUAGUCAUUCGACGAUAUUUUCGACGUCUGACUGGAAGACCUUCAUCAACAACACGCCAAGAUUCGGAGACAACAACAGAAAAUUUAUUAUCAUUUGCAAAUCAAAUCACUACACUCGCAAGACCUCUUACAGAAAUCAAUCUUGAUGAAAUAUCCUCAUCCGAUGAACGACAAAAUCCAUAUUUAACCUAUUUUUAUAAGCCAACAAGUCGCCCAAGUAUAUUAGCAACACAAUUUUUUCCAGCUUCAUCUGAGCCUUCAAUUACAUAA